GACUGGGACGGGCCCUGCCUGGCCCUCGAGCCUGUGGACGCCCAGCUCAGGACGUCAGGCCCCUGCGUGUGCCUGGAGGAGAGCAUGGAAGAGCGGGAUGAGAAGCCCCCAGGGCCCCUGAGGGCCUGUGCGCAGGAGAUUAUCGUCAAGGUCGAGAGGGAAGAUGCCGGGUCACUGGCCAUCCCAUCCCAGGAAGGAGUAAACUUCAAAAUAGUGACUGUGGACUUCACUCAGGAGGAAGAAGGCACAUUGGAUGCUGUUCAGAGGACCCUGGACAGAGAUGUGAUCCUGGAGGACCACAGGGACCUGGUCUCUUGGGACUCAGCAACUGCACUUGGAAGUAGAGAAUCAACAUCAAAGCAGAGCAUUUUUCAUGAUGAACCAUCCCUCAAAGUGAAGAUAGAAAGGUUGACAAGAGAUGACCCUUGGUUAUCUUCAUGUGAAGAAGUUCGGGAUUGUAAGGACCAGUUGGAGAAGCAACAAGGAAAACAAGCGAGACUUUUGAAGGAAGUGACAUUUACUCACAGAAAAGCUAUGACUCAUGAGAGAGUCUGCAAAAGUGAUGACCUUGAGAAGGGUGAUCUGAAUUCCAGUCUUCUUUCACCCCAGUUAAUACCUGUAAGAAACCAUUUUCAUAAACAUGCCUCACAUGUUAAAAAAUCGCAUUGUAAUUCUACAGUAAAUACUCAUCAGAUGAUUAAUGACAGUGGGAAACACUGUGAAAAUAAUGAAUGUGGAAACCUCCCCCAGAGCAUUCAUUUUAUUCAGUUCACAAGAACUCAAACAGAAGAUAAAUCCUAUGGAUUUACUGACAGUAUUCAAUCAUUUAGCCAUGGUACACCCCUAAAUAUACAUGAGAAAAUACACACACAAGGAAAAUACUUUGAUUUUAAGGAACAUGGGCAAGUUUUGAACCAUAGCAUAUCCCAUAAUAAAAAACAGAGAUUCCCUGUUGAAGAGAGUCAGUAUAAGUGUAAUAAAACCUCCCAGAGUUCAUCAUUUGCUCAAAACAUGAGAAAUCAUUCUGAAGAGAAACCCUUCGAAUGUAGUCAGUGUGGGAAAUCCUUCAGCUGGAGCUCUCAUCUUGUUGCACAUCAGAGAACUCAUACAGGGGAGAAACCUUAUGAAUGUAAUGAAUGUGGGAAAUCAUUCAGCCGCAGCUCCCACCUUGUUUCCCAUCAGAGAACUCAUACAGGAGAGAAACCUUAUAGAUGUAAUCAGUGUGGGAAAUCCUUUAGCCAGAGCUAUGUCCUUGUUGUGCAUCAGAGAACUCAUACUGGAGAGAAGCCUUAUGAAUGCAGUCAGUGUGGAAAGUCAUUCAGGCAGAGCUACAAACUCAUUGCACAUCAAAGAACUCAUACCGGAGAGAAGCCCUAUGAAUGUAAUGAGUGUGGGAAAUCAUUUAUCCAGAGCUAUAAACUUAUUGCACACCAAAGAAUUCAUACUGGAGAAAAGCCCUAUGAAUGCAGUCAGUGUGGAAAGUCCUUUAGUCAGAGUUACAAACUUGUUGCCCAUCAGAGAACUCACACAGGAGAGAAACCCUUUGAAUGUAAUCAGUGUGGAAAAUCCUUCAGCUGGAGCUCUCAACUUGUUGCACACCAAAGAACUCAUACUGGAGAGAAACCCUAUGAAUGUAAUGAGUGUGGGAAGUCUUUCAACCGCAGUUCUCACCUUGUCAUGCAUCAGAGAACUCAUACUGGAGAAAAACCCUACGAAUGUAAUCAGUGUGGGAAGUCCUUCAGCCAGAGUUAUGUUCUUGUUGUGCAUCAGAGAACUCAUACUGGAGAGAAGCCCUAUGAGUGCAGUCAGUGUGGGAAAUCCUUCAGGCAGAGUUCAUGCCUUACUCAACAUCAGAGAACUCAUACUGGAGAGAAACCCUAUGAAUGUAAUCAGUGUGGAAAAACAUUCAGCUUGAGUGCUCGACUUAUUGUACAUCAGAGGACCCAUACUGGAGAGAAACCCUUUACAUGCAAUCAGUGUGGGAAAGCUUUCAUUAAUAGCUCUAAACUUAUUAGGCAUCAGGCAACUCAUAGUGAAGAGAAACCCUAUGAAUGCAAGGUAUGCGGGAAGGGGUUCAGGUACAAAUCAGUUCUUCUCAUCCAUCAGGGCGUGCACACAGGAAAGAAACCUUAUAAGUGCGAGGAGUGCGGGAAGGCCUUUGGGCAGAGCUCCAACCUGCUGGUCCAUCAGAGGGUCCACACCGGAGAGAAGCCAUACAAAUGCAGCGAGUGUGGGAAGGGCUUCAGCUACAGCUCGGUGCUUGAGGUCCAUCAGCGGCUGCACAUGGGGGAGAAGCCCUACACGUGCAGCGAGUGCGGCAAAGGGUUCUGCGCCAGGUCCGCGUUACAUAAGCAUCAGCACGUCCACCCCGGGGAGAAACCCUACAGCUGUGCGGAACGCGGCAGGGGAUUCAGCUGUAGCUCCCACCUCAGCAGUCAUCAGACAACGCCCGCCGGAGAGAAACCCGACCAGUGCGACCAGUGCGACAAGGGUUUCAGUCACAGCUUGUACCUGCAGGCUCACCUGAGGGCUCACGCGGGGCAGCGCCUCUGUGACUGUGGCGUGUGCAGGAAGAGCUUCAGUUACAGCUCAGGGCUCCUCACGCAUCAGAGACUGCACACGGGAGAGAAGCCCUACAAGUGUGAGUGCGGGAAGGGCUUUGGCUGAAGCUCAGACCUCCACGUCCACCAGAGGGUCCACACGGGAGAGAAGCCCUACAGAUGCGCCGAGUGUGGGAAAGGCUUCUGGCGGAAUUCCGACCUUCACAGCCACCGGCGGGUCCACACGGGAGAGAGGCCCUACAUCUGCGCCACGUGUGGGAAGGGCUUCGUUUACAGCUCCGACCUCCUCAUCCACCAGAGGGCCCACACAGGGGAGAAGCCGUAUAAAUGCGCGGAGUGUGGGAAAGGCUUCAGUCACAGCUCCGGACUCCUUAUCCACUGGAGGGUCCACACGGGCAAGAAACUUCACAGGUGUGAAGAGUGUGGAAAGGGCUUUCGGUGCACCUCAAGUCUUCACAAACAUCAGCGAGUCCACAUGGGGAGGAAGCCCUGCAGGUGUGAUCGGUGCAGCAGGGGGUGCAGCUAUGGCUCAAAUCUUCGCACCCACCAGAGACUGCACACCAGCGAGAAACCCUACAUUUGUUACGAAUGUGGAAAGGGCUUCCGGUACGGCUCAGGUCUCCUCAGUCAUAAGAGAGUGCACACGGGGGAGAAACCGUACAGAUGUGACGUGUGUGGGAAGGGCUACAGUCAGAGCUCACACCUUCAAGGUCAUCAGCGGGUCCACACUGGCGAGAAACCCUACAAAUGUGAGGAAUGCGGGAAGGGCUUUGGUCGAAGCUCCUGUCUUCACGUUCAUCAGAGGGUCCACACUGGAGAGAAGCCCUACAAGUGCACAGAGUGUGGGAAAGGCUUCAGCUAUAGCUCAGGUCUGCGGAAUCAUCAGCGAGUGCACUUAAGCGAGAAACCUUGUAAGCAGGUGUGAGUGGAGAUCUCCGGGUAGACCUCAGAACUUUCUGUUCAUCCAGAGCCAACACAGGAGAAAAUCGAUACAGACAUGAUGUGUUGGAAGGGCUGCAGUAGAGGCUGGUCUGCACAGGAAGGAAGAUCUGGAAGUUUGGUAAACAGGGAAAGCACUCAGGCACAAACUUCACAAACUCCAGUCUUCCAGAGUCUCUUGCACAGUGGAAUAGUCCCUAAGGAAAUGAUGUGGCAGUGGUUUCAGGGAAAAAGAGAAACAUCACAUUCAUCACAGGUGGCCCAGAAGGGAGUUUUUACAAAUGCUAGGACUAGUAAGAAUAUAUCAAAGGGGCAGAUUAUGGACACAGAUUCCGUGUCGGGAGAAAUACCUACAAACGGGACAAGUGUAGGAAAAAACUGUCCCCUUACUCAAAGCAAUAUUGUACAUACCUUUUAGAAAGCAGUUUUAUAAAAAUUAAAAGAUGAUACUAACAUUCAUUGAGGCAAGUCACUUUUAGGCCAUGGAUGGUUUCAGGGAUAGAUGCUCUCUUGGCAGGUCUGGGUAACGUGUCUCCAACACACUAUCAUCGUGUUUCUGUGAUUGUAUUUUAUCUCCUAGAGAGAAACUGCUGUCAGAGAGAGGUUAUGUAAACUGCAGGAGUAUUUUAUCAUUUUAAACAAAAUCUGGGCUCUUAAUUGGCAUUGCAUUGAAUUUAUAGGUUAAUUUGGGAAGAACUUGCAUCAUUGAAAUUCUGAUUUUUUUCCAUUUGAAGAUGCUGUUUGUUUCUACUUACUAAAGUAUUUUAAAUGAGCCUUCAGAAAUAUUAUUUUAGAGAUUUGAAAAUUAGCUUCUGAAUAUUCUUAAGUAUAUUUCUAGGAUUUUGUUUUAUUGCUAUCAUGAAUACAGUAUUUUUACCAUUUCAUUUCAUACUGGGAUUUUUUUUUUAACCUAUAAGACAAAUAUUAUAACAUUUAAAAAAAUCAGAAAUACCAUUUCUAACUCGUCAAUAUAGCAGUGGUAGACAGAUUCACCAAAGCCACAUCAGUGCGGAUCUGUGGAAACAUGAGCUCUUAUGCACUUAUUGGUGAGACUGAAAAUAGGUUGUCUUUUUUGAAAAUUUGUCAGUGUGUCAAGUUCAAUUUGUAUAACCUCUACUUCGAAGUAGCAGUCAGUGUGUAGUAAUUUAUACUUGGGAGAUAGUUGUACAUGUGGGAGAAGAUGUAUGUAGAUGGCCAGGUUUAAUAGCAUCGUCUUACUCCAGCAAAAACCCACAAAUCUUGAUGCUCCAGUUUUAAUCAGUUAAAGCACAUGUAAACAAGGAGAAACCACUAAAAAUAUUUAGGUAUACCUGUAAUGACAUUGAAGGUUGCUCACAAACUAGUGAACCAGGAAUUUGUAAAACAGUAAUUAUACUACAACCCCAUUUCGUUAAUGUGUGUGUGUGUUUAUAAAGAGAGAGAAAGGAAAAGAUGUGUGAAAGGUCAGUAUUAUAACUGCUUAUUUCUAGCAGAUGGAAUACUGUGUUUGCAAUGCAUUCAUGUACUUUUACAUAUUUUUAUUAUAAAGAGCAUAUAUCCAUUUUAUAACAAUAGUAAAGCUACCUAUUUUUUAAAAAUUAGUCUGCUGGGACGAUCUUUUUUUGGUCAAAGAUCUAUGUUAUAACCUCUAUGUAUUUUUUGCUUUUUCUACCAUUCACUUAGCCCCUAGUACCAAAAUACAAGGUAUACAUGAACUAUGAAAUUUGUGAUUUAGAUACUUUCAGAGGCUGCAUCAUUUUUGCUGGCUGGUAGGAGAUGAGGUGGUCUGGAUAAUUGGGAGGACCAAUUUGGCACUCCUGUGCUACACUCUGGCCCCUGGGACCAGUGAGCCCACAAGCCUAGCUUUGUGGAGGACAGUGGACCAUGAUUGCAGUCUGACUGCUGCACGUGGGUGACUCGUGACCCAAGGCACGGCCUGGGCUGAGUUCCCUUCUGCUGCCUAGGGCUGCCAGAAAAAGAGUCUAAGUUAUAAGCAGACCUUGGAAAUACUGCAGGUUUAAUUCCAAAUCAGUGCAAUAAAGCAAAUAUAAUAAA